AGCGCCGUGGACAGCAACCCCCUGUCCCUGUACGUCAUGCAUCCCUUCUGGAACGCCAUCGUGAAGAUCUUCCCUACCUGGCUGGCCCCAAAUUUGAUAACGUUUUCUGGCUUCCUGCUGCUUGUCUUCAACUUCUUCCUCAUGGCAUACUUCGACCCUGACUUUUAUGCUUCUGCUCCUGAUCACCAGCACGUUCCAAACGGCGUGUGGAUCGUGGUGGGGCUCCUCAACUUCAUGGCCUACACGUUAGAUGGCGUUGAUGGGAAGCAGGCACGCCGGACCAACUCCAGCACCCCCCUGGGAGAGCUCUUUGACCACGGCCUGGACAGCUGGGCCUGUGUGUACUUUGUGGUCACCGUGUACUCCACCUUCGGCCGCGGCUCCACCGGCGUCAGCGUCUUCGUGCUCUACCUCCUGCUCUGGGUGGUCUUGUUUUCCUUCAUCCUCUCCCACUGGGAGAAGUAUAACACAGGGAUUCUCUUCCUGCCCUGGGGAUAUGACGUCAGCCAGGUGACCAUUUCAAUUGUCUACAUAGUGACAGCCUUUGUGGGAGUUGAGGCCUGGUAUGCACCUUUCCUGUUUAAUUUCUUAUAUAGAGACCUAUUCACUGCAAUGAUUAUUGCCUGUGCCCUCACUGUGACCCUGCCCAUGAGCCUGUACAACUUCUACAAGGCCUAUAAAAAUAACACCUUGAAGCACCACUCUGUGUACGAAAUCCUGCUGCCCCUGGUGUCCCCGGUGUUGCUGUUCCUGCUCUGCACCACCUGGAUCUUCCUGUCCCCCACUGACAUCCUGGAGGUCCAGCCCAGGCUCUUCUAUUUCAUGGUUGGAACAGCCUUUGCCAACAUCUCUUGCCAGCUGAUCGUGUGCCAGAUGAGCAGCACACGGUGCCAGCCCCUCAACUGGAUGCUGCUGCCCAUCGCGGCCGUGCUGCUCCUGGUGGUGUCUGGGCUGGCUCCAGGCAGUGAAACGCUCCUGCUGUACCUGCUGACAGCCUUCCUCACCCUGGCACACAUCCACUACGGAGUGGUCGUGGUGAGCCAGCUGAGCAGGCACUUCAACAUCCGGCCCUUCUCCCUACGGAAACCCACUCCGGACUGACUGGGAGCAGAGGAGGAGCAAAUCGGCCUGAGGGCUGCAGAAGGACUGUAAAUACCUGCUGCAAACACCUGUAAAUACUUCAGCCAUCACCACAGAUCAAACUAUCCUCUCUGGACAGAGCCAAGGACACGCGGGAUCCGCUGCAGCCGGCCCGGGGCGGCUCCUGCUGCUCUUCCAUCCCUGCAAGCUUCGGGUUUUGAGUGGAGCUGGAGGAGGAGGAGCCCUUCAGGUCGUUGUUACUGUACCUUAGACCAGCUGAAUGUUCCCAGAGAAGCCUCUGACUCCGGCCCUUGCUCAGGGAAAGCUGCUUGGGGAUGCAGAGGCUUUACCUGAGCAAAGCACCUCGGCCUGACACCAAAACCAACGCAGCUGAGUCCUCCAAGGGGCAGGGGGACAUCCUGGUGGUGGGGGAGAGUUCCUGGCUGUCCCCAGGGCUGCUGUCUGGACAGCCCUCGUGCUGGGCUGGUACUUUGGGAGCAGAUGGUGACAGUUCUCCCACAUUCUGUCCUGCCUUCCUGCUUUUGGGCAAACACUUGCUAGCACCUUUGUUGUCUUUUUUUUUUUUUUUAUUUUAUUUUUUUUUAGGAGGGAAAAAAAUAAGACAAGACACUCAAAGCUUGUAGUUCAAUCCUAAAUGGGGGGCUUGGAAUAUCAGGGCUCAAUUUCCCAUAGGAGUGGGAAUGUGGCUUCUGCAUGUUGUGUGGCACCUGGGACCACAUCCUGACAUGUUCAUGUGUGUCCAUGUGUGUUCCCAGUCUGCUCUGGGCGUCUGGGCCAUGGAAGUUGGCUUAGACUACAGAGCCAAGCUCUCCCCAUUCCUACCAUCAUGGAUUUGCUGUCAUGGCUUGGCUCCCUGGCUCCUUUCCUGCUGCCUGAGCCCCUUUUCCACAGCCAGGAACAGCCUGGCCCUUCCCAACUGCAAUUCCACCGCUGGGAAAAGCACCUGAAGGCCCUUGUUGGUCAUGUGUGCACCUUCAGGAUGCUCCCAGGGGUGGGAACCUUUCAGUUCUCCCUCUCUUUGUCCCCGCGUGUCUCCAGGCAUCUCUUUGUUUACUGUCCACUUGUCAAAGAUGUGUUUGCGUUGAUUUUAUUUUUUAAUUUGUUUUUUUUUUGUUUUGUUUUUAAUUGACUUCGAGUGGGGUGGUGAAGACCGAAUGCUGAUUUUCUUUUCCUGUUGGCUUGAUUCAAUGAAGACCUGUGCUUGAAUGAAGAGUGUAGCUUAAACCCAGGCUCUGGAAAGGCUGCAUCCGGAAGAGAACAAGCACGGCCGAUCGCGCAGGUGGAACUUACCAUGGGAACAAAUUCCUUCAGGCACUGAUUGUUGUGCAACGUGGGGCAUCUGACCAUGCUUGGUCAGAGCAAUUUCCUUCUGCAGGGGAAGCCUCGUCCUGCUCUGGGAAGCCUUCAACGUGUAACUGCUAUUUUCUUUUGGAAAUUGGAAUCACUGUCAUGCCAAGACUGGAAGCCCGGAGGUUGAGCUCAUGAGUUCACGGGUUGCUUGGGCAGCCCCUGGUCAGCUCUUGGUCAGUCUUGGUCACUCUUGGUCAGCCUCUGGUCACGGUACAGCCUGUGAGGAGCAAACUGGGCCCUUCCCAGGGCUGCCAUCCCUCGUGGGAAGCUCUGGAUCUCACGUGUCCCUACGGCUGCGGCGGGGCUGGGAGAGGGGGCCGAUGGGUUUUGGAGUUUAUUUAAUAAAGUAGCUUCCUCCAAUCCAUUUUACUGAUGUUGUACAGCAAAAAAAAAACCCAAAAAACAAGAAACAAACAACCCUCGAUGGACAAAUGACAAGUGACUCAGGGCUGCACCUGAGUUUUUGACUCCUGCUAUUUAAUGAAAUAGAAUUAUGGAGAUAAAAUAAAUUUAAGUCCUGCUCGCACAGGAAUGAGAGGGAAUCUUCAGCUGGGACACAGCUUCCUGUGGAACUUGUUCAGAUAGCAGAGCUGGGCUGGCAACGCUGAGAAAUGUGUAUGUUGGAUGAUUUUCUGUCUUAGUUUUGUGUUUGCCCAAGCAGGGAAGAACUGAGCUGUUCCCUCAGGCUUCCAACUGAACUCUGGGCUCCCAAACCUGGAACUUGCCUUGUCCUGUCUCUUCCCGUGAGCAUCACUGGCUCCUGAGGACUGGGAUGCUGCUGAGGCUGGGAGGAGUUGUCUGAGCUUAAUCUUGGUGUGUAGGAAGAACAUCCCACUCCAAAACUGGAACUGCUUCCUCUGCACAGGCUUUAUCUUGGGGGAGUUCUGGCUCUUUGGUGCCUUAAUUUACUGCACCUUGAAAGUAGAAAAAAAUCUCCUUAAAUCAGCACUGGGGUUUGGGCUGGCUUGUACCUGGUGGGGAGGGGGCUUCUCCUUUGGCUCUUAGAAAUCCAGUGAUUUCUGCUGCUGGAUUCUGAGAGGGGAAUAGAAACAAAGAGACCAAAUCCAGUGUGGCAGCUGAGAACCAACCUUUCUAUUGGCCACCGUGGGUUUAGGUGUUAAGAAUUCAAGUGUUCCUGGGUAACAGGGGGAUGUUAUCCCUGUUAUCCCUGGGUAACAGCCCCUGAGGGGGAUGUCCUGUGCUGGUGGUCACUGGCUGGGCUCUGUCCUUCCCGUGGGAUGUGCUCCUGGGCAUGGAGAGGGCAGGUCCUGGCUCCUCAGCUCCUCCAACCUGGUGCCCCACAGCUGAUCUGUGUUGUCUCUUCUUCCAUGGACAGGUUGCUCCAAGCCUGGGACCCUUCCAAGGGAUCCAGGGGCAGCCCCAGCUGCUCUGGGCACCCUGUGCCAGGGUCUGCCCACCCUGCCAGGGAACAAUUCCUCAUUCCCAAUCUCCCAUCCAGCCCUGCCCUCUGGCAGUGGGAAGCCAUUCCCUGUGUCCUGUCCCUCCAGGCUGUGUCCAGCUCUCCUGGAGCCUCUGGUUGGUCAUGGUGGGGUUUGGCAGCUGCCUCUCCUCGUACCCCCCUGCCCCAAGGCUUUGCCAGAGCCAGGAGCAGCGUGCUGGAAGUGGGAGCUCCAGAGGCUCUGGGAACAUCUUUAAGCUCCUUAAACAGAGCUGGCCUGGUGUCACCUCCUGGCCUGUCAAGGAUCUGCAGCUGGGAGUCAGGGCAGGUUUGAUCUGGGCUCCAGUGAGGGCCCUAAACUCUUCCCUGAGAGCAUCCAUGCCUGCUUCUGACAGAGCUGGAAAAUCCCUAGGGAAGGGAUGCUUUUGGGAAACCUGCCUUGGCUCCUCCUGGUUUUGCCCACCUCUACCUCUGAGCUGUGUCAGAGCAGUGGCUGAGGUGACACAGAGGCUGCUCUUGGUGGGACAAGGACAGGACAAGGGGAAAUGGCCUCAAGCUGGGCCAGGGGAGGCUCUGGUUGGAUAUUGGGAACAAUUCCUUCAUGGGAAGGGCUAUCCACCCCUGGCACAGUGCGCAGGGCAGGAGUGGAGUCCCCAUCCUUGGAGGGAUUUAAAAGCCAUGAGGAUGUGGCACCUGGGGACAUGGAACAGCACUUUGGCCUUGGCUGUGCUGGGAAUGGCUGGACUGGGUGGGCUCAGAGGGCUUUUCCAACCCCAGUGAUUCCACGGUG